UUCUUUUUACUCCUCCAGUUCUCAUAAACCCUAGAUAAAAACAUUCUGAAAUUGAAAUCCACCAGAAGAAGAUAGAAAUCGUCUCAAUCCUAUCACCUGAUUUUAUCCCCAAUUGUGCCUGUUAUCGUCUUCUUUGAGGUUUAUCUCUUUUGAUUACAUUAAGUCUUUGGUUCCUCCUGGAAUGGAUGAAGAGGUUAUACUGCAUAAGAGCGAAAAGAAGAAGCACAAGAGAAGCAAGGAGAAAGAGGCUUUGAGCUCAUCAGAAGUACCUACAGAAAAGAAGAAGCUCAACAGAAAAAAGGAAGUAGAGAUGGUAAAUACCUCGGAAGUACCUUCAGAGAAGAAGAAGAACAAGAAAAGCAAGGAGAAAGAGAUUCUAAGUACCUCUGAAGUACCGACAGAGAAGAAGAAGCACAGGAAAAGCAAGGAAAAGGAGGCUUUAAGUUCCUCAGAAUUACCUAUAGAUGUGGGAGGUGAGAAAAAAGUCAAGCGGUCUAGGGACAAAGAUGGUUUUCCUGAUAAUGGGAGAGAAGAAAGUGGUAAACGCAAAGAUAAGAAAGGCAAGGAAAAGGUUACGGAGUGCAGUGAUGUAGAAUGUGCAACUGAUCAAGCGGCUUCUAAAGGGAAGGAUCACAUUGAUGUGGGUGGUGAGCAAAAUAAUGAGAAUGCGAAGAAUGGGAAGGGUAAAAAUAAAAAAAGAGAGAAUGCAAAUGGAGGUGAUUCUGGAGAAAGCUGCAUUGAGAAAUCUGGUGCUAAGGCUGAAUCUGGUUCUUGUUCUUCUAAGAAGAGGAACAGAGAGGAGGAAGUGCUGGAUGUGGCGAUAGGAGAGGAGAAAAAGAAGAAGAAGAAAAAGACCAAAUUGGAUGCAAAUAUUGAAAAUACGAAAGCAAAUGUUGGAGAUGUUGAAACAGAAAACAAUUUUGGAAGGAUGAAUGAGCAUUUGAGGACCUCGUGUGCCAAAAGAGUAAAAUUUGCUAGUCAUGCAGAAGUCUUCCCUUCAUCUGAUGACCAAGAUGAUCGGGAGGAAAACCUAGGAAAUAGGUUGGUUCAAGGUAAGAGGUUCACGCAGAAAGAAGAUCAAAUAAUCAAAGAUGCUGUUCACAAGUAUAUAGAGGCACAUGAGUUGGAUAAGGAAGGCUUGGAUAUGAUUCUGAACUGCAGGAAACAUUCAAAAAUAAUCACAUGUUGGAAGGAAAUAGGGGCUGCCUUACCAUAUAGGCCUUACAAAGCAGUUUAUGAGAGAGGAGUUAUUUUGUUUGAGAGGUCAGAGUCACGUAAUUGGACUGAGGAUGAGAAAGCAGUUGUCUUAAAGUUUUAUGAAAAGCAUGGACCAGAUUGGAAAAGCUUGGCCCAGAUCCUUGGGAAAAAUCGACAUCAUGUGAGGGAUACAUGGCGUCGGAUAUCUCGCGCGGGUCUUAGAAAGGGUAAGUGGACUCAGACGGAGUAUCAGUCUUUGUUUCAUUUAGUAAACAAGGAUUUGAGAAUGCGUAUGUACGAGGAAAAAUCAUCGAAGCAUGGCCUGAUACGUGAUAAUAUCAGUUGGCUAGUGAUUAGUAGCCGUUUGACUACUUGAACAGACAUGACAUGCUGUACGAAAUGGUCCGUGUUAACAAUGUAUGACCAGUUAUCAUCAUCUAUGGUAAAAGAAGGUAAAUGGGCCGACACAGACGAUUAUCGAUUGCUGGAUGAACUUAUUAAGCUGGAUGCUUGCUGUAUUGAAGAUGUUGACUGGGAUAAUCUUCUUGAGCAUAGGUCUGGAAAUAUUUCUCUGAAACGUUGGAGACAGAUGGUAAAUCACAUAGGUACGCAUGGACUACAAUCUUUUGCAGAACAAGUAGAAGUGCUUGCCAAACGCUAUUGUCCUGAGCUACUUGAAGUCAGAGAAGCUCUCGACAGCAGACCUGUGGUUGAUUGAUGUGUGGAUGUGGAGCCGUGGGCUCAACAGGGAGGAUGACAGGAAGGUCAAGCCCAUAACAAAAAGACUAUUCUAUAGACUAAAUUGGUGCUUGUAAGUAUGUAUUUGAUUCUCAUAGUUCCCAAUGUUUGGAAGUAGUUAUGUACUUCAGGCACCUUACUCCCCGCAGUUGCAUAUGUAAUUUUAUGGAAGAGGGGCAUGGCCCUGGUUACCCAAAUUCUGUCAUUGAAUUCAAUGGCUAGGAAGGAGUGUGUAUCAUACAAUGAAUCUUCGCUUAACCCUCAUAGUACAUGGUAUGAACAGUGUUGCUGGGGAAAGCUUCCACCACCACCACCACGCCCCUGCAGCACCACUUGUAACCUAGACGCCAAUGUUCAGAUCUCUGUAAGGAGAGGUCAGGCACUGUGGAAUUAUUAACUAUAGCAAUCUUGGUGAUAGUUGCAU